AUGGCUGCAGUCACUGAUUCGAAAGUCAUCAGCGAGCACGACGAGCGUGAGAGCUCUCACAGCACGGAUGCUGAGAAGACCGCUGUCGGUAUCGACCGCGAUACAGUCAACGGAAGCGACGACAAAGUAACAUUGAAGACAUGGGCUGUCGUCACCGUCCUCGCAGCCAGCUAUGGUAUUUCCUUCUGGCCUGUCCCGUUUUUUAGCACCAUCCAAAACGAGAUGUCCGUGUCGUUCGGUAGCUCUCCCGCAAUGGGCUCAUGGCUUACCUCUGUGUAUUCCAUUGGCGGAACCAUCGCUUUCAUGGUCUUCGGCGCGAACAGCGACUUGUUUGGCCGGCGUAACUUCAUCAUACUCGGAAACAUACUGAUGGUUGUCGCUUCAAUCAUUGCCGGCACCUCGCAUCACAUUGGGCAGUCCAUUGUAGCACACGUUAUGUUCGGUGUUGGUGGAGGAGCAUGCCAGAUGGCAGCCUUCGCACUGCCGGAACUGCUGCCGAAUAAGUGGCGACAUGCUGCCGUUGUCAUGGCCGAUGCGCUAAUCUAUUUCGACGUCAUUGUCGGACCAGUGGCUGCCCGUAUCGCUUGGAAGAGCGGCGCUUGGCGAUGGGGUUACUGGGGUAUCACCGUCGCCCAAGGUAUCAGUCUGAUCGUCCUGGCGCUGUUCUACUACCCACCGAAGCAUCCCAAAGGUAUCGCUUGGGGCGAAGCACUUCGCCAUCUCGAUUAUGUCGGCAUGAUCUCUUUCACGGCUGCCGCUGCCCUCUCGCUUUCCGGCAUCGUGUACGUUCAGCUGGCUCCAGCAAACUCUCCGAUCGUCAUUGGCCUGCUGGUAUCCGGCUUUGCAUCCUUGGUAUUCUUUGCGCUCUGGGAGACCUUCGCCCCGCUCAAGAUGCCAUUGGCUCCAACUCGUCUGUUCACCGCCAACAAGGGCAGAUCGCUGACUGCGCCAUUCAUUGCUGCCUUCGUUGUUACCAUGUUCUACUACGGCAACAACAUCACCGUUCCCACCAUGAUCGCGGUCUACUGGACUGGUCCAACCACAGCACCAUCCACGACAUAUGGACUCGCUACCGUACAAGGCUUUGGCAUCUUCACUGGCGCCAUGAUCCUGACUCUGGGAGGAAAGAAGUUCGGCCAUUGGAAGCUGCAGAUGUUGAUUCCAAUCACACUCAUGACUCUCUUUGGCGCUUUGCUUGGCGUCGUCAAGCCGGAGAACGAAGCCAUGGGAGUUGCAUUCGCAUUCAUCUCAUCGGCAGCUUACGGGUAUGCACAGUACCUUUCGAUCGCAUAUGUGCAAUUCGGCGCAGAUCAGACCGAGUUGGGAAUCGCGGGUGGUUUAGCGGGCGUCGCUCGUUAUGCCGGUGGUGCCGUCGCUGUCACCCUCUUCCUGACGAUCCUGAGCACCGUCCAGGCUUCCUAUGCAAGCACGCACGUCAUCGCUGCCGCGGAAGCCGCCGGUGCCUCGCCCGCUACUGCAGCUGCCGUCCUCGCAGCACUGCCGCUGGGGACUGCGGCUUUGGAGAAGGUUUCGGGGCUGACUCUUACAAUUGCCGAGGCCGCAGGAGGCGCUUUUGUCGAUAGUUACGUUCACGGUGUUCGCGCCGUUGCAUUGUCCUCGCUCGGGUUCGGCAUCCUUGCCAUCAUCGCUUGUCUGUUCCUCGAAGACAUCGGACCAAAGAUGACACCUAAGAUCGAAGUGUUCCUUGAGAACGAUGUUCAGGCGGAGAAGAACAAGUUCCACUAG